UUUUACUAUUUUUUUCUUUAUAUAUUUCCUUUUUUCAGAGGUUAUGUAUCAUUCUCUUAUUUAAGGUUAUUCUUCUAUUUAGAAUUAUACCAUAAGGCUAUCUUCUGAUAAUAUUUUUUAUAUUAUUAUAAAUUUAAAAUUAUGACAACUAUGUGUAAAGACAAAACACAAGAAACUUUGCAGAAAGAAGAACUUCAACUACUAACUAAAUCAGAAUUGAUAGAAAGGAUAGUAAAUUUAGAAAAAGAAAACAAACAAUUAAAGACUGUAACUAAUGAAAAAAAUGAAAAAUCAAAGAAUAAUGAUAUUAUUCGUAAAUCACAAAAACCAUUUGACUUUUCAAAAUCUAACAAAAGACAUAUUUUGUUAAAAUUUUAUUAUCUUGGAUGGGAUUAUAAUGGUUUUGUUGUACAAGAGAGUAUUGAUAAUACAAUAGAAGAACAUUUAUUUGAAGCAUUAAUAAAAAGUUGUUGUAUAGAGUCACGUGAAACAUCAAAUUAUCAUAGAUGUGGAAGAACAGACAAAGGUGUUAGUUCAUUUUCACAAGUAAUUUCUUUGGAUAUAAGGAGUAAACUAAAUCCAGAAGACCAAUAUAAAUUAGAGGAUGAACUUCCAUAUUGCAAAAUAUUAAAUAGAUUACUUCCAUCUAACAUAAGAUGCAUUGCAUGGUGUCCAGUACCUAAUGAUUUUUCAGCAAGAUUUAAUUGUAAAUUUAGAACUUACAAGUACUUUUUUCCAAGAGGAAAUUUAAAUAUAGAUGCUAUGAAUAAGGCUGUUAAAUAUAUUAUAGGAGAGCAUGACUUUCGAAAUAUUUGUAAAAUGGAUGUUGCUAAUGGAGUUACUAAUUAUAUAAGAAAAGUUAUUAAUGCAGAAGUAUGUAUGUAUCGCCAAGAUUUUAGAAAUAUUUCAGGAUAUGAUAUGUAUCAAUUAAUUAUAACAAGUCAAGCAUUUCUAUGGCAUCAAAUUCGUUGCUUAAUGGGUGUUUUAUUUCUUAUCGGUGAAGGAAAAGAAGAGGCUGAAAUUAUGUUAGAGCUUUUAGAUAUUGAAAAUUGUCCUAAAAAACCACAAUAUAAUUUAGCUCAUGAAAUACCAUUAAAUCUUUGGUAUUGUGAGUAUGAUGCUAAAGAAUGGUAUAUUCAUAAAGAUGAAUUAUUCAAUACAAUAAAACUUUUACAAAAAGAUUGGACUUUAAAUACAGUAAGAUCAAUAAUGAUUGAAAACAUGUUAUUGGAAUUAGAAAAUUCAAUCAAUUACAAAAAUAUGUUUUUUCAAAGUGAAUGCUUAUUACUUGGAGUACAAUCUAAAGUGUAUCAACAUUUAAUGAAACGACCCACAUGUGAAAGCUUGGAAAGUAAAAUAAAACACUAUGAAACUAAAAAAAAGAAAAAGGAAUAA